AUGCCGUGGGAGGGAUGGGAUGUGCUAGUCUAUUCGUCCGCUGUUCAGCUUGGGGGAUCCACAUGCACCAGCCACUUUCGCUUCGCUCUAAAUGAAUUGUCCUCCAGUCAGUGUCUGGAGCGCAUGUCACAUACCACUUGGCGGUACGGGCCCUGUCCCCAGAUUGUUGCUGGGCGCCGCAUCUUGCUUCCAACUCUUGGCUCAAACAUGCGAUUGCAUCAUAGCGAUUGCUGGAUCAACUCGCCGGCGAUCUUCCCUUGUUCCCCUGAGGGAAAGCAGAAGUGUCGGUCAGCUUCAUUCCCGAAAGAAGGCGCUGUUGUACUCAGCGCUGGUCCACGAAUUGUUCUCAUGUCUUCAGCUCUUCACGCCCCUCCGAGAUAA